AUGACUUUCCAAUACUCCAUCCACCGCGUCCCCUCCUCAGCCACCGAAAUCGCCCGCACACCCCCUACGCUCCUCCCCUACCUCGCGGGCAAAUUUUCCGCGCUCCGUCUCUCCGCCCUCGUCGAAUCGCCCAACUCCUUCGCCUCCACUUUCGAAGCCGAAUCGCUCUAUUCCGGCUCCGUCUGGCUUUCCCGCUUUUCCCGUCCGAAAGUCCAUUAUUUUCUCGCCGUCGCCCAUUCUCCCUCUGCUCCCCCAGAAUCCCACACUAUCGACACCGGGCUCCUCGUCGGCUCCGUCCAACUCUAUGGACCUUCCCCGGCGUCAUUUUUCACACUUCCUGUAGGUGGUGCUCCGCCCCCCUUACCCGAUGCUCAGGAAUUAAAAUACCAGAUGAUCGCGCUAUACUCCUCAUCUCUGCAUCGAAGAAAGGGGCUCGCGAAAAUGCUCGUUCACGGUGCGAUUGAAAGCGCGAGGAAACAGGCAUAG